GAUCAGCUGAUGCUGCUCUGUUUUUAGAGCGUGCGUUCGGUCGGUCAACACGUGGGGAGGAGAUAGACAAGAGACACACACUGAGCGGGGGGGACACGUUGGGAUUGUUCUGGGCCCAGAAUACGUAACAUUAAUAUUAUACGACACAGUUCACAGUGGCGGUGCGAAGAACGCAUAAACACAGUGUAGCUGCUAGGGUCCAGAGGAGAUGCCACUGAGGUUCCGGUCCUUUGUUCCGUAUACGCUUCCCGGAGUGCUGGCACUCAUAGGUUGGUGGUGGUACAUCUCCCGCAAAAAAGAGCGACAGCCCAGCCUUGAUAGUGAGGAGGGCUCAGCUAUGGGCUUGCUGUCUUCUGGUGAGGGCAGUAAUGGGAUAGUUGACAAAGGCUGUCCCACAGCCAGCAGCACACACCGUAGGACCAGUCGAGACAGAAUCAAAGCCAAAGAGCACAGACCUGUUGAGCAGGAAGUUGUUGCAGAGAUUCACACACCGGUGCUCAAAGUGUCAGCGGAAGAGGUUCUCCGCGCUGCCCCUGUCGUGUUGGCGAGCGGACAGCUAAGUGCUCCUCAGAGAAAUGCAAAAUCAGUCCCCCAACAAAGCUACCCAGAAACCAUCAGGCAGACAUCUCCAGUCUCAUCUUCAACCCCAACAAGAUCAGUGGAGGAGAGUCCUCAUCAUAAGGGACAAGAGGCGGUGACUUCAACUCGUAGAGUUCUGGAGACGACGGCUUCGAUCAAGAAGCAAGCCGAAAAACAACCACUAAACACCCAGCGGUCUCCAGAAGGCAAGGCAGAGCGACCAGAGCCUGAAGGAGAGGUGGCCACUGAAGCCUCCACACCAACGUGUGCAAAGAACCUGCCAACUGACUUAACAAACAUUGAGCUAGCCUCCACUGCAUCCUCAAUAGAGGAUGGACUUGGGAAGAUGGAGACGCAAAGCCCCAAAACACCCCUGGCUCUGGCCACGUUCCCCAACUCAACCAGCACACCUCUCUCAGAAAGCUCCACAGAGGUUCGGCACCAUGAAAACGGAGACGUGGGCCUGCCGUCUGAGACCAGUCCAAACAUGCAAGAGCUUCAGCGUCUCGCGGCAGGGCUGAUCACUGAGGUCAUCUCGGCUGCCACCCAGGAGGUCAUGGCGGUCAGCAGCUGUGAGUCCCGCCAUAGCGAGGGCUCCGAGGUGGCUGACAACAGCACACCUGAUGUAAACGGAAAGGAAUUGGAGUUGUGUGUAUCUUCGGAGAGCACAGUCUCUCAAAGUCACGUGGAAACUGCACAGAUGGCCCAGAUUGUGGAAGAGAUGGUCAAUGGUUGUCUAGCACCUUCGCUGUCUAAUGACGAGAGGAAAGAGCAGAGGGAGGAAAGGGUGAAGUUGACCGUGUUUUCUGAGGAGCUGUUGGAGUUGACACCAGUUGUGGCCAAGCUGCAGGCGGAGGAAGUGCUCGUGGAAGACUCUGGAUGUAGCACAUGCCAGUCGGAGGAUGGCGUCAGCAGCGAGGACCUUCAUAGCACGGGGUUGUCCUCGACAGUGUCUGAGAGCAAAGAGGACCUCAUUCAAAUUUCAGGGACAUGUAGUGCUUCAGAGGGUCAUGGAAAUGGGCUGAAGGAGAGUCUUGCUCCUCAGGAGUCUUCACUUACAGCGGAGAAUGUGGCUUCGGUUUGCGAGGCAGCACGGUUUAACGGGACGGGCCUUAGGAACGGCACCUUGAGUGAGGUAGAAGCUGACCAGUCGGGAGGUUCGGAUGUGAAUAGCAUGGAUUCUGUGGACAGCUGUUCCACUUUGGGGACGGAGAGCCUCGCAAGUGGCAGCCAGGCCUGUCAGUCACAGAGCUCAGAGCUCAUUGUGUGGGAGAUAGAGGUGCCAAAGCAUCUAGUUGGGCGGUUAAUCGGCAAACAGGGGAGAUAUGUGAGUUUCCUAAAGCAGACCUCUGGUGCUAAGAUCUACAUUUCGACCCUGCCUUACACACAAGAGUUCCAGAUAUGCCACAUAGAGGGAACCCAACAGCAGGUAGAUAAAUCUCUGACCUUGAUUGGGAAGAAAUUCAAAGACUUGGACCUGACCAACUUGUAUGCUCCUCCUCCACCGCUAACGUUGCCCUCCCUGCCAAUGACAUCCUGGCUUCUUUUGCCCAACGGUGUUACAGUAGAGGUGAUUGUGGUGAAUAUCGUAUCGGCCGGUCACAUGUUUGUCCAGCAACACACUCACCCGACAUAUCACGCCCUGCGCAGCCUGGACCAGCAGAUGUUCCUCUGCUAUUCACAGCCCGGCACACCCGCGUUGCCAUCACCCGUUGAAGUUGGCGUGAUUUGUGCGGCCCCAGCGGUUGAAGGAGCCUGGUGGCGAGCGCAGGUCAUCUCGUACUACAAAGACUCGAAUGAAGUAGAGAUCCGAUAUGUGGAUUAUGGAGGCUACGAGAGAGUCAAGAUUGACAGCCUUCGCCAGAUCAGGUCGGACUUUGUGACAUUACCGUUCCAAGGAACCGAAGUGUUACUGGACAACAUCGCUCCUCUUCCAGGAGAGGACAGAUUCUCUGCCGAGGCCAGUUCUGCACUGGAAGAGAUGACAAGAGGGGUUCCUUUGCUUGCACAGGUCACUAACUAUGACAACAAUACAGGACUUCCCUUAGUACAAAUGUGGAACAUGGUGGGAGAGGAGCUGGUCCUUCUGAACCGCACUUUGGCAGAGCGAGGGUUCGGCGUAUGGGUGGACAGUUUCUGAUCCUCCAGCGCUGCCCUCUCGCCCCGCCUCUCCUCACUCGCUUCUCGGCCCACCUGCCCCCUAACCAUCACCACUUCUGAAGCUCCGCAGGUUCCAUCGUCCUCUUCCCACCAUGCACUCUUCAUACACCUCCUCACCGACUAUGGGAAAAUUCCUUCUUUGGUUCCCUACCCUCCCUGCGUUUUUUGUUUUAUUUUAUUUUCUAUCCCUCCUUCAUAUUAAACCUACUUACUGUAUUAAAGAAAAACGAAGAGAGCCAAGUGUCAAUGACUAAACCCUGAUAAGGACUGAAGAUGUUCCUUGUAAAUUUCAAUAUUGUAAUUAAUUAAAUAAAGGUUAAUCAUGUUUUCCGUCCGACCAGACUCCUUCCAGCACAAACCCAAGCGGAUUAUGCCAUGGAUGAAAAAUAUGUAAUCUGUAUAUUGAGAAGAUAUGCGGUUGACGUAAUGUUGGGACAUCAUGUUUGCAUUUGUUUUCUAAGCUUUGUUUCACUUUCCGACCGGGCGGGUGACGAAAAGACACGUCGAGAAAGGACAAACUACUACAGCUUCAUAUAAUCCAUCUCUAUGUCUGUCUAUACAACAGUGUGGCCUUAGAGGGGGAGACGACACCCAUCUCUCACAACACGUGCUCCGGACUCGAAUCCGCCUGACAGCCGUGGUCAGAUUGAGCUCUCGCAGGGUUCUUGAUUUACACAGACUACACACAUCUGCGUCCCUCUGACGUCUGGGCUGUUUUGAGGGGGAAGCUACAGCCCUAGAGCAACACUAAAGUUUGAACGGUGCUGUAAUACAAUUCAAAAAAGCCCAUCAUGACCCAUGGACCCACUAAAACCUGUUGCCUGAAGGAAACUGUGAUUGAGAGCGGGCCUUCCCUUCUGCUUGUGAUGAAUGGGUCAGUAUGUGGUUUUGUAUGCAUGUUAUUCUGCUCCAAAGCACGUCUUUGGCCCAGCCCACUGUCGCGGUCACGAUGAUGUCUACCAGUGCUAUCGUCAUACUCGGAUCUUGAAUCACGUCCAGCAUGAACCACUUUUCACUACAACGAAUUGCCAUCUACUCUUUCCAUUCUAUUAAUAACAUGGGUAUAUUGUGUUCAUCCCUCGAAACCCACCUCACUGUUGUUCACGCUCCCGAUUAACUUAUAGGGAAGGCUCUCUCGGUACACCUGUCUUUAAAAAGCUUUAAGCCUUAUUCAUACCAUUUUUUUUUUUUACAUUGGAUGCGAUCAGAUCUGCUUUAAUACUCUAUCUGUAAUUUGUCAAACAAUAAUGACGCGGUGAUUAUUAAGAUUCCUUUUUUUGUACGGUUUCAUUGAUGAUGCUUUUCCUGAUGGUUAAAUUGACUUUUUGACCAGGGUUCAUCCCUGUUUCUGCUGCUGGAACGUUUGUAAUGUAAUGUCGUCAGGCAAUAGAAUGUUUAAAGUUGUCCCUGGUUGGGACGUUACUGGGCUUUUAUCCUGGUUAUGAGUCAUUGAAUUGAUUUUGAUUGUUAGCAAUACAGUUUUGGACUCCAAAAAUCAUACUGACGUUUUAGUGUCACAGUAAACCUGGGUGCAAUUAAAUUCAAUUAUAGAAAAGGAAAAUUUUGAAAUGAUGUUUUGCAUAUUUUGGCGUAAAUAUAUAUUUUUGUCUAAGCGGAAUUACACCCAGCUGGUAGUAGAGAGAGCUCAUGAACUGACAUUGCUACUUAAAGAAAGUUUAGACUUCCAUAAAGAGCACUACUACACAAGCAAACCCUCUCUCAUGUCCACUAUCUUACCAGAUAUUUCUGCAAUAUCACAUAAGCUUGAGGUUCUAAACUGUCUUGCAUCCAUCUCAGGUAUGAGCUCUUCAUUUGUUAUCUUGUUUGUCAUUUCCGGGAUUGUGUACUUGACCUAUGGCAGUGUGUACAGCCAGAGUAGGGUUUUUUCUGUAUGUCCGCGUGCACCAAGUAACCACGUUGACCUCCAAGCUGAAACGUUUCACUUUUCUUUAGGUCUGAAAAAUCCACUCAUAUCCUCACAUUGCCUCCUAUCAUUAGAGCAUAUGUGUCCUCUGUAUGUUCCUACCCACACUCUCCUGUCAUUGAUGAAUCACGCUACAUUAGACUUGUCCUGGUGUGUGUGUAUAUAUAUAUAAGGUAUCACUGUACUUUUGUAAAAACACUGAUGUGAGUGUAGGUAUCAAAAGGGAACAUGUUAUUUUUUCAUCCCCCUUUUUGUUCACCUGUUCUCUGUUGGUAGGAAUGGUUUGAGAUGUUUGCUUAGCUAGAUAAAUUUGAUUAUUUAAAUGAGUGUAAGCAAUCCUAGACAUGUACAGUACAAGUCGGUUUUUUUGCCAGACUCAUUCAAAAGUUUGAUUCUUUGGUUGUACAGAUCUAUUGGAAAAGAGAAUAAAGUUAUUAAAAACA